CCUUUCAAUCCCUUUGACUCAUUUCUUCCCGUUUUGGUCUCUCUCCAAGAAUCUGACGCACUCACUUAUGUAUGCACACAUGUUUUGAAGUGUGGUGUGUGUAUAUAUACGACGGUUCUGCAUAUCUUAAAGUUUUGAUCUUUUGUAUUUACAAGCCAUGAGAAGCUUUCGACGGUUACUUGCUGCAAUAGCUUGACUGGAAUUUGAGUGAAAUGGGUAAUGAAACGAACACUAAAGUUCGACUGGUUAGAUGCCCCAAAUGCCGACAGAUUCUUCAAGAGUACGCAGAGAUUCCUGUCUACAAAUGUGGAGGGUGUGGCACAGUUCUUCAAGCGAAGAAGAAGAAAAACGAAAAUGCCUGUCCAGAGUUGAGCAUUCGUGAAACAACUCAUGCAAGUAUUGAACGGGGUGAGAAUUCAUUGGAAAAGGACAUCAUCAGUAGUUUACAUCAAAAACCCACACUUUCUUCCCCAGUAGACACUUUGCAGGAUGAAAACAAACUGAGAACUCGAGAUGAAUAUGGGGACUGCAACAAUGAACAGCGUGGAGAGAAAAAAUCCUAUAAUGAAAAUAACGAUAAGUUUUCAAGCAUAGAAGAACCUAUUGGGCAGCAUGGAGAUGAAAGCCAUUUGAAUGGUAGCUCUGGUGGUUGUGAAAAUCAAUUAGCGGCUUGCUGCAAGGAGUUAACUGGAGAAAGGAACUUCUCUGAUGAACUUCAGCUUAGAAGUCAUGAAACUUUAGUUCCAUUUGCACUCCCACGGGCUCGUGAGCAUGUGGAAGAAGUUGAUAAAGAGAAACUCCCUUUGGAUCAAAAUGAUCGUGGAGCUUGUGAAAUCGAGAGGCCCGAAUCCAGUAGCCCUCCCGCUAGGAGUUCUCAAUUUACUGAGCAUAGUCAUCAUGACAGUGAAUUUUCUCCGGGUACUGGAGUAAAUGGCGGUGAAGGUGACGAUCAAUAUCUUUCACAACAAAGUAAAAGAAGGGAUCAGAAUGGCUCUGAAGGACUCAAUGCAGUAAACAGUUCCAGGGGGAACUUUUCAACCGAGUUAGCUUGUGAUAACGUUAAAACGCCAUCACUUGGGCGUGCAGAAAGCAUUUCAUCAGAGAGCGUUGUGCCUAUCCAUCACGAGCCUCACGAGAAUUCUGAUAAAGAAAUUGCUCUGAGUUUUGACCGUAUAAGCUCCACGGACAGUCUGCAAAAUUUACUUCUUGAUGAUAACGGUUCCCAGCCUACCGUUACUCACAGAGACAUGUCCAAGUCCCCAGCAACGAGAAGCUAUUAUGCGUAUGAUGGUAGUGCAUCUUCUUGUGACGGGGAUGAUCAAGUGCCUAACCGGUUUUCACAACAACAUGGACAAUUAUCCGGGAAUACAGGCCUCAUCAGCCCUGAUGAAUUUGAAUCCGAUUAUGCAUGGACAGUGAACAGCAUGCUGAGGAGAAAGUCGAAGGCACAGCAUCAAGAUAUGAAUUUCGCACCAGUGUUGCCACAGAUGAUUCAACAAGUUGCGGGGGGCAGCAACUGGCUCGAAUCUAGAAGACGUGUCCAUGCCACAGAAAAUAGGAAGGGCUCUCGGGCAAUGAAUGAAAUUGGAAGCCCUUCAGGUUAUAGGCAGAACGGUUUCCAUCAUCGAUCAGACUUUAAUAUGUCCAGCACGAUCACAGAUCAAGAGCCAGACAGAACGGAACUAUUGAGGAUGGUCUAUGAACUCGAAGAACAACUCCACAAAACACGUCUUGGAAAUGGAAAUCCGUUUCAUGCUGGAGGUACGAGGGAUGAUAUGAAUGCUCCAUUUUCUUACAAUCAAUUUGCACCGCGGGCUAAUAUAAACUACUCUCGAUGUCCUUCGAGAUGUGGUCAAACCUCGAGAGUACCCUUUUCCGGAGAGGCUGCCCAUUACAGGCACCAACCUAACUGCCUCUGUUUGCAUUGCUCUCCUCAGGUCUGGCAUUGCUCAGCACAGCUGCCUCGUGGUUGCGUUUACUGUAACAAUGGUCAAACCGUGGCCUGUUUUGACCAUAACUACUGUAACGCCCACCAUUCUAGUUCAUCAAGUCCCCAGCAUUACACGAGCUCCGAGUAUUCCUUGAGUGUCCCCGAGACAAAAUCGAGUGACCAGAGGCAUAAAGACCAAGAGAUGAAGAAAUUACACUUGAGGGAGAAGUAUGCUAAAAGGCGUCUUGUCCUUCCGGUAGCUGGUGGAGCCCCGAUUAUAGCUUGUCAUUACUGCUCGGAGUUAUUACAGAUGCCUUCAGAUUUCGGUCUCUUUAACAGAAGAUGGCAUCAAGUGCGGUGCAGUGCAUGUAUGAAGGUUCUUAAGUUUUCGGUUCAGAAUAGAAUACAUGUAAUGCCAUACCUUACCGAGACUUUAACUCCUCCACCCAGCGAGAUAGAUGACAUCAGCAAUACCGUCAAAGGGAGGAAUCAGGCACCGGGAUCACAUUAUUGCCCACAUCCUGAAUCUGUAUCUUAUUCUGAUGAUUUGAAACCGUCAUUCUGUCAAAGCAACUCUAGUGAGGCCGAGGCUUCAUCCAAUAGUUCGCCCAUUCAACCCCCUGGAAGAAGCACGUUAAACAGAAAGGUUGUGUCUCCUGCUAGUUCUUCCGAGCCCAUGGGAGAUAGGAAAAUGAAGUCUGUUAUGAACGAGGAGGAGUCUGAACCUUCGGGGCCUUCACUCAAGGAGUCCAGAUGGGUCAAAUCGACACCAGAAACUGAUGAAGCACCGCCAAGAACAGCUCCUCCACUUCAUCGUCUCAUGGGAUACCCCUCACUGAGCCAAGUUUUGAAUCAAGGCUGCUUCGAAUAGCUGCCUUAGCUGAUCCAUUCAUGUCUCCAAGAGAAACCGGGAAGUUAAGACUUGUUUGAAUUGCAUGUUUUCUCAUUUGGUUUCAAUUUUCUUCAGCUCCACAUGUUCUGUACAGGCUAAAACCGAGAAGCUGCAGCUCAAUAUAAUGUAAGUCAAAAGGUAUCCUUUGUAUUACAAUGGAACUGCCAAUUUGGAUUUCUUAUAAGUUAGGAUUUGCAUGAUGAGUUUGUAUUUGUGUACACAGCUCUCCCAUAUAUGUUGCCUGCUUCUCAUUGUUUUGUGCAAAAUCUAGUGUCAUAGUUUUAAAAUGACACCCAAGCUAUUAGUUCAACCAUUUUUUCUCGCCA